ACUCGAUGAACUUGUAGGCCUGUUCAGAGUCGUAGCUGACAUUACAAUUAAAGCGCUGCCGUUUUGGAAGCCACAAAAAACUGCUCGACAUCCGUCACAAGGCGCUGGAGUACAGUGUAGAAUGCGUUACUAGCGCUGCGUAGCAUUGCACUACAGUCUGUACCCUAUUUGCGGAACGUAGCAAGUGCGUAAGGUAGCAAGUUAGUGCAUUGCUGGUUGGGGUACCUUUAGCCGACGCCACUGCAACGCGUACGUCGUCUCGCUCGGCAAUGAACCACUUACACUCCCGGCAUGCCGUCCGGCGCAAUGCAACAAGGCUGCUUUGACGGGUCGCACUCUGCGACUUGUCGCCGCGACUCCAGGAUUCACAUCCACGACAGGUCCUAACCAGGGCGCUUCGGAGGCUGCAAGCGGCUCAUACUAGCCCCGAUUCACGUCUCCCAAGCGCAACCCUUUCGGAUGAGGCGCACGUCAGAACCGGCGGAGAGCGGUGCGGCGGCAUCUCUGCGGCCAUCCCGUGGUGUCACCUUCGAUAAGCGGCCGCAGUUGCGGGCCGGCGAGGCCGCAGCGCUGGAGCCCACCCCUCAGCGACCCUUCCUACGCAGCGGCGGAGAGGCGGUCCGGGAGGAGCCAGCGCACCUGCUGAGGGACUUCGACUCCAAGCUCCACAGCAUCCAGGACGUGCUGUCCCGCUACCAGGCAGAGCGCAACGCACAGCGCAACGAAGCGACCCGCGGGUCAUCAGGCGGCGCCGGGGGCGGCGGUGGUGGCGGCAGCGGCAGCGGUGGUGGCGGCGGAGGGGCCACAGCAGUUGGCAGCGGCGGAGGCGGAGGAGGCGCUGAGGGCGACCGAGGGGGUGGAGCGGGGAGUGGUGCUGGGGGGCGGCGCUGGCAGCAGCUGCAGCUGCAGUUUGCCGCGGCACAACGCAUGUCGGUGCCCAACUCGGCAAUGGAGGAGGAGCUCUUCAUUCAGAGUGUGCUAGCGCAGCCCCGGCGUAUCCGCUCCGCCGCCCCCGGGGCCACCCGGGCGCUGUCCGCCCGCAUCGAGUACUACCGCAGCCACCCGGGGCUGGCGCAGGAGAGGGCCGAGCGAGCUCGCGAGGAGCAGCUCGCAGCCGCACGUGAGGCCGCCGCCGCCCGCGCCUGCUCCUUCACCGCCGCUGCGGCCACUCAGGCCAUUAACUUCGUCGAAGCCAACCGACGCAGCAUUGUGCCACAUGGCCUGCCUCCCAGCCUGCAGCUGACGAUUCAGGCGCUACGAGACCAAGGCAUGGCGAGCUUGCGGCGCCGUCGCGGCAGAGGCGGCGGCGGCAGCGGCGGUGGUCCGGAGGCCUACCGUCCCAUGUCCGCAAACAACACUGCCUACCACCAACACCACCUGCCCGCAGCGGCCUCGACAUCACGUAGCUCGGGUGGCUUUGGCGGCGGCAGCGGCGGUGGUCCGGAGGCCUACCGUCCCAUGUCCGCAAACAACACUGCCUACCACCAACACCACCUGCCCGCAGCGGCCUCGACAUCACGUAGCUCGGGUGGCUUUGGCGGCGGAGGCGGAGGAGGAGGUAGCGGCGGCGGAGGCGGUGGAGUGUACUGCAGGCCCGCGACGGCUGGCGGCGUACACGUGGCCUGGGGAGGCUCGCAGACAACCAUUCCGAUGACGUCAUCACCGCUAGCAGGGUCAACAGGGGCCACAUGGGGCCGACCGACGUCGCCGUCGUCGCUUUCCGCCGCCUCGCCGGAUCCAACGGCUCGGAAUUCGUCAUCGUACUUUCGCAGCUCUGGCGGCGGCGGCGGCGGCGGUUACAGCGGCAUCGAGCGAGUGAGCACUGGAUGCCUGGGAGGAGGAGGAGGUAGCAAUGGCGGCGGCGGGGGCAGCGGUCGAAGCAGCCCCGGCGGCGUUUUCCUCACGCAACUCGAUUCCGGCUCCUUGCAACACCACGCCAGCAGCAGCAGCGUUUCCUUCCGGCGACUCAGCGGCUCCAUUCCCUCACCCACGCCGCCGUUGUCAACCGUCACCGUUACCGCAACCUCCAUGCUUGCCACAUCUGCGACGUCGUUGGGAAACGUGGUGGAGGAGGUGCUGGGCGGGCGGGGUAGCGCCGGGGGCUACCGGUCAGGCUCAUCUAGUCCAACAAACGGCCACCGCUCCGGUUCACCUCCCCAGCAGCAGUACCCCCAGCAGCAGUACCCCCAGCAGCAGCAGAUGUCCGGGGAAUGGCAGCAGGCACCUGGACGCAUGUCGGCUGGGGCGAUAGGGCGGGUCAGCAUGGCGGAGGUGGCGGCGGAGUUGGUUGGCAGCAGUGGGGGUGCUGCGGGUGGAGGCACCGAUCGGAGUAUGCCCGGAAGCAGCGGUGGAGGAGCAGCAGGAGG